AUGGAACCACGACCAUGGCAGCAACAGAACUCAACAAUGCGCAUCGAUGCCAUUAUUAAUGUGAUUCUUCCCAGUGCCAAAUUAAACUCGGCAUCUGAUAUAGACAGGCCAACAAUUGGUGAAAUUGCCAUUUUCGAGAAGGUGGGAUCGAAGCUCUUCUCCGGAUGUGGAAGACGCUUUGACGUCUUUAGAAUUGGAAGCAGAAUCACAUUCAAAGCCACUGUCAUUGGCGGAGUCGCGAAGGAGUUAACGUGAGUCAUAAGGCCACGACUCAUCGCAGAGACGUUGAUCAUAGGAAAACCCGACUAUAUUGUGGUUGUCGGUGGAUCCACCGGUAACAGGGGUUUAAGAGAUGUCGAAAUAGUCUGGUACUUCAAAAUCCAACUGCCCAAUGAGCCAAAGAUUCAUUUAAUGGAUGACGUCUGGCGAUUUGGAGAAGCACAAAAAAAAGAGAGCCAAUUGACUCUGGGUACUAACACGGCUCCUUCGUUUUGUGGUAUGUUGCCCUCGGGUGGGAUGGGCGUUCUCUUGUGUAUACGCGCUCUGCAGAAUUCCAAUUUAAACAUUGAUACGUGCUCGCAUCCUAUCGAAUUCAUUAGGAGUGAUCCGGAAGAAUUCGAAAAACAAAUGAACGACAUUUUAUCCGGCAAAAACUCUGUUCUGGAGGAGGCGAUCACAUCCACCGACACAAACACCGUUUUAAGUGCAAUUCAGGCAGCAUGUUCUGAAUUGAGGGCGUUUGUGAGAACUGGUCUGACUCAAGCCUACAAAACUCCUCAGUUUACAGAAAAGAUGACUAGAAUUGUGGAAAAUGUCAAGCUGGUCAGCCAUGAGCAACUGCUACCCUUAUCAUCUGCCCUUGAGGCAAUCGCCACCGUUGCCGAAGAAAUCACCUUCACAACAGUCAACCGCAUUCGUUCUAAAUUGGUUGAG